AUGCACAGCCUGAUGGAGCUGGCCAUGGAGGUAGAUGAGGACGUGACGAGCUGCGCGAGCAAAGACAAAAUCAUUCAGAUCCUGCUAGCUUCGGAGAAAGCACUCCUGCCUGGUGGAGCAACGGGAGACGACACUCUUGUUGAAGAAGACGCUCGGUCCCCGCUUCCAUCGGGAAAGGGCGCAGGACCGGCCGUGGUUGCACCGAUCCCGGGGCCACCGGUGGGGAGUGCCAGCACGGACCGCGCCGUUCUUAUGGCGGUGUACCACGAAACGAACGGGCCGCCGGAGAAGAAAGCACGGCCAUGGGCAGCCGCGAAGGGAGCCUGGCAGAAGAGGAAAGGGUGGGGAAAAUCUUCCCCUCUUGGAAAUUGGGACCGUGUUACCGUGGAUCGUCUAGGUCGGGUAACAACGUUGGAACUACAAUUCAACAACCUGAAAGGACCGAUUCCGUCCGCGCUGGGAGGACUGACGGCUCUGCAAACCCUGCACGUGCACAACAACCAACUGAGCGGUGUUAUUCCGCCGGAGUUGGGUUGGCUAACGGCGCUAACGGAUCUAGAACUCCAAACCAACAAGCUCACCGGCCCCAUCCCUCCAGAGUUGGGCAAACUGACGGCGCUAAGGAAACUAGACGUCAGCGGGAACAAUCUCUCCGGUUCAAUCCAGCGGGAGCUUUCGCAGCUAACACAUCUGUUCUCCACUUGGUUCAUCGGGAGCUACUUCGACGGCUCUUUAGACGCGCAGGGGACCUCUCCAAAUUCAACACAGCUGGAAGGAGGCAUUAUAUUUAUUCGCAACACCCGAUCAUAUGUCGGCCAAGCUGCCAUGCCUUCGUAUGGACCCACCGGCGUUGUCGAGAAGCUUCUAAUGUUGAAUACCUAG